CACCGAACCUCAUUCGAUUUUCUGACUUGUUAUACUUUCUUCAUCUCACUGUUCUGUUUCAUAAACCAAGCGCUUGUGAGUUUCAUAUCAUAACACGUGAUGCCUUUUGCAGUUUGUGUACUCUGCACCUACCAUCGCUGAUCGAUUUUGUUUAGGUUCCUGUAAAUUCCGAGGUUUUGCUUUGUCCAAUUGUGGCAUAAUUUGUGAAUUUGGGGCAUUAUGGAAAGUAAAGAUACGAAGGAUCCGUUGAAAGGGGUGGAUUGGAAAGCCGUUGGUGGCGAGAUGCAGCAAAAUCCGAGCGUUCAACCAACCUUGAAGAAACGGUUACCCAAGAAAAUGAGGCAAAUUCCUGAUUACUAUUUCCUUCCUCGAUGGCCGCUAUCCUCAGCCUUAUUAUUCUGCAGUGCUUGUGUUGCUGGUGGUGUAGCUGCUGGAAUGCUUGUUGAGACCUGGAUUCAAAAGAAAGUUAAAGAAGAUGGAGGGGUUAUAUGGGAGUUUGACAAAUGAACUCUUGGUGUGGGUACAACUAAUGUCACACACAUUGCUGCCUCAAUCAUUUCCUCUCUCACACAAAAUGGUCUCUGGAGCAACCCUCCCCUCUCCAGAAUUAUUAGUUUCAGGGAUUAGGGUGUUUUAGAAGUUUUAGAGUAAUAAUUGACUGUUAACACAGGGAGAUAUCUUGUUUAUAUUCGGGUAGCAAAAAUUUUGAACCUGAAAGGCCAACUGGAUGAACAGAGUUUAUGGUUUCAGUUCAUGCCUGUUCACUUAUUCUGUGGUCCUAAUUCUUUUUAUUGGAUUAUGAUCGUUAAAAAGGUUAGAAAUUAAGGCCUCAGAAAUUGUUUAUAUCAGUAGUACUUCAUUUCCCCAUUUACUUCAAUAAUAGGAUAUACUUAUGCUAUGCUA